AUGCCAUUUUCUGAGGCAUUGGAGCAAAUUCCCUCCUAUGGCAAGUACAUGAAAGAGCUUUUGAACAAAAAGGACAGGUUGAAAGCACUGCAUGAAGAUGAGGUGAUUCAACUCAAUGGAUGUUGUAGUGCAAUUCUACAACGCUUACCACCUCCAAAGCAUAGAAGUUCCAAGAGUCUUGUCUUGCCGGUUAAACUUGACAACAAUCAAUCCUGUAAUGCACUGAUAGACUCUGGGGCUACUAUCAAUUUAAUGCCUCUUUCCUUGCUGAAAAGGUUGGGAGAUGUGGAAGUAGAGCCUACAGGGAUGACGCUGCAAUUAGCUGAUAAAUCAGUCAAAUUACCUCAAGGAAUUGCAGAGAAUGUGACUGUGAUGGUGGAGCAGCUAAAUUUCCCAAUAGACUUUGUGGUUGUAGAUGUUCCUGAAGACAAAGAGAUCCCAAUCAUUUUAGGGAUGCCAUUCAUUAUCACUGCCAGGAUAGCAUUUGAUGUAGAUACUGGGAUCCAAAAGGUGAGACAAGGUGAAGAUGAGGUACAUUUUACAGUUUUUAGUGAUAAUCAUCACCGACAAAGCAAAGGUAUGGUUUCUUUAAUUAAAAAUGUUGGUUUUGAUUUGGAAAAAUUAUUUGAUGAGCAUGAUCCAUCAUCAUCUUCAACCGAUGCAUCAAAUCACUUGUCUGAGCUUGAAAAUGAAAAAAUUAAACAUUCUGAAAAUAAAAAUUGUGAUUUUGAUGCUAAAGAGGAUGUGAAGGAUGGAUUAGGGAAGAAAGGAAGGAUGAGAAAGAAGAAAAAUUUUCUAAGAUGUGGAAGGUUGUGA